UAAAGAAGUUAUCUCUGAACUUUGACUUUGCAGAAUAGAGCUGACCAUUACAGAAACACAGCAACGGAACAAUAGUUUAGAGCAGUCAAUAUAUUGCAUAAGUGAGGGUUGAUUAUAGUAUUUAGCAAUUAACACUAAGCUUUGUAGACAAACUAAACUCUAAAUUACUCUAAUUACUGGCUGAAGCACUGAUAGCUGCAAUGGUUGGCAGUGUGUGCGUCACUUUGAUUCUUCUCAUUUGCGUUCUUGGAGGCCAAGCACUGGACCUGCUGAGGGCAACUGCAACAUCAGGGAAUCCUGCCUUCACUCCCAAGGUGCAUUGCUGGUGUCCUAACUAUCCGAAUGUGACUCUCUGCUCCUGGCCUGAACCCUCUCACGCCCCACUAGUACACUACAUCACCACCUACAGUCAGAGACACAGGCAGACGGUCACCGAGCAGUGCCAUCUCAUCCAACCUAACUCUUUAUCCUCGUCAUCCUCAUCUCAACGGCUCUGGCGCUGCCUCCUUCCCAACCUGAACCUUCUCACUGACUACAUCAUCAAUGUCACAGCAGUUUAUCCUGGUGGAAGCAGCUCCCAUCUUUCAAGUUUCAUGAUGGAGGAUAUAGUGAAACCAGAUCCUCCCGUAGACGUUCGGGUUUCCCCUCUUAAUAUCAGGAACCUGUUGGUGGAAUGGUUCCCUCCCCCUACGUGGGCUAACCUGGACAUCGCCCCCCUAAAGUACCAGAUACUGUAUCAGUGGGAAAGCCGGGGCACCCCAAAGUCUGUCAAUCUGGGUCCAUUUGAGAGCACCAAGGUUGAGCUGAAGGGACUGACACCAGGAAGACCCUACCUGUUCCAGGUGUGUGCAAAGGAGCUGUUGGGUCUGGGCAAGUGCAGCGACUGGAGUUUACCUGUAAAAAUCACCAUACCAAGAGCGAAACCGUAGAGGAGACCUCUCACUUCCUGUUUUAUUUAUUCCUCUCCUUUUAAGCUAGCAGUGAAGUAAAACUGCAAACAGGCAAUCAUUGUGGUUGCAGCUG